AUGGUGGGCUCCAGCCCAGCUGCUGAGGCCCAGGAUGAGACCCUCUGUGAGAGGAGAGGAGGAGUCCCCCUGGGGGAGAUCUCAGGGAAUCCUGCCAAGAGACACACCUCCUGUUCUGCCCCAGCAGAUGCUGCCAUGAAGGACACACAGCCUGAGGAGGGGGUGGAGCUGGACCAUCAGCAGGGCCCCCAUGAUGAAGACCCCCAGGGAGUGACAUACGCCCAGGUGAACCACUCAAGAUCAAGACUCAGGUGGGGGGUGGCCACCUCUUGUUCCCCCCUGUCAGAGGAAUCACUGGACACUAAGACCAGACAAGCAGAAGAGGACAGACAGGUGGACAGGCAGGCUGCUGCAUCUGAGGUCCCCCAGGAUGUGACCUACGCCCAGUUGAACCACUUGACCGUCAGACAGGAGAUGACACCCACUUCCUCCCAGCCAGAGGAGCCCCCAGCAGAGCCCACUGUGUAUGCUACUCUGGCCAUCCAGAAGAAUGACCCAGUGCAGGAAUGA